GCGCUAGCCUGGAGACGAAACCCUCGCCUCAGAAGAAGAAAGGAAGGACUCGAAAAAACUCGCUGUCUUUUGUUUGUGGGUGAAAGUUGUGUUGUUUCCGUGUCUUAUUAACGGAUACUUUUGCCAACUUAAACCAUGCAAGUAACCGUGAAGACCUUAGACUCAGAAACAAGAACAUUCACCGUUUCUGAAGAGCUUACUGUUGAAGAGUUCAAGAAGGAGAUUGCUGAUACUGUGGGGAUUCCAGCUGAGAGACAGCGACUAAUUUUCAAGGGAAAAGUCCUUCAGGAUGAGAAAAAGUUGAAGGAGUUUGAGGUAGAUGGCUGUGUGGUUCAUCUUGUUGAGAGAAAACCUCCCAGGACCCAACCAGAUGGAGCCAGCAAUUCUCCUGAUGGUCCGUCUGUUCAUCCUGGUAGCCAAGCUGCCUCAUCAGCAGCUAACAUCGUCAUGGGGGCGUUCAAUAUGCCUGUAGAUGUCAUGGGGAUCUCUCAGAAUAUUGUCCAGGGACUUGUCAGUCACCUUGGUGUCGAUGCUUCCCACGCCAACGUGAGCUCUUCACACUCCAGUGAUGGCUCCACGUUAAAUGUACACAUCAAUCUACUGUCAGCACCCCCGGAAGGAAAUGAUGCUGCUAGGAGGCUGUCUAGGGCGCGGCACUUCAUAAGAGCAGCUCGUGAAUCUUUUAACAGAACUGAGGGUGAAGCUCCACCAUCAAUGGACGCCAAUGUUCCAACAGAUGAUCGGCCUGCACCAAACCAGGGUCCCCAGGGAAACACUGAACAGCCCAGACCUAGCGAUCUUGCUGAUGUACUUGGUGAACUGCAAGAGUUCUCUAGCCAGCUACAGCCAUCUCUGAACCGAUACACUUCCCUUCUGAAUUCCCCAGCCACUGAGAACCUUCUACCAUCUGAUGAUAGUUUGCCUGAUCGCAUCGCUGAGACACUGCACAACUUAAGCCAUGCCUACCACGCCCUAUCUGACCUGUCUAUCAACAUCCGUGCCCCAGAACCACGUCGCCUCAGCGUUUUGACGCCUCUGUCGCCACAUGUAGGGGCACCUAACCUGCUGUCUUCCAUAUUUGGAGGCCGACCACCACCUGGGCCUACCACCAGUCGGCAGAAUGUAUCUGGACAAGCAGGUCCUACAAACAUGACACAAUCCAGCACUUCUCACAGCAGCACCCCACGGCAUCAUGGUGAACCACAGACAACCAUCUCCAUCACCAGCAUCAUAUCCAGUGCAAUACCUAGGGGUCACAUGCCAACAACCCCUUCAACCACACCCCAAGCAACACCCCCUUCGACAACACCCCAAACGACAGCACCAACAGCAAGCCAAGCCCCUUCGGCUGGUGAGACACCACAAUCAUCAACAGCUACAACGGGAGAAGAGGCAAGAGUGAUGAUGGAUGAUUUUGUUAAUCUUAUUUCUAAUCUUGGACAAAUGACGCAUGGACAUCCAGCAGCGUCUGCCUCACAGGGUGCGGGGCAGACAGGCCUACAUGUGCACAUUGGACCACGCCCACCAAUGGGCCCUCCCCCGCCCCCAGGUUUCAACCUACAUACAGGACCACGCCUGCACAUGGGUCCACCUCCUUCAGGUUUCCAUGCACAAAGGGGACCACAGCCAGAGAUGGGUCCUACCCCACAGCCCCACCCCUAUGUGCCCCCAAUGGGUCCCAUCCGUGUUAAUCCAAUGCAGGCCCACAGACAGGGCAUGGCCCACCCUGACCCAUCUCUGCCGUGUGAGUCCUUCCACUUUGGGCUACGAGCACACAGGGCCCAACCUUCCCAGCAGCCUGGGUCAGCACCAACACAGGGUACCCAGCAGUCUGAGUCAACACCAGCACAGGGUACCCAGCAGUCAGGGUCUUCAAGUGUGGAGGGACCAGGUCGUGUUUUUGAGCAGUUGGUUGCUUCAGUUGUCCAGAAUGCUGUGAGUGGUGGUGCAGCAUUAGCUCAGCAAGCUCAAAGGAACACAGCCAAUGCUGGUACCAAUACCAGCACAAGCACCACAGCAGGCACCCAGACUACCAGACCAGGCGGUGACUCUGUGGUACAAUCGCUGAUGGAUCUUCUGAGUGGGAUACAGGGCCAGUCGCCACAGCCGCCCCCAUCCACUGCUAGCCAACAGGAGGGUGAAGGGGACACACAUGCUCUGCGCGAUGCCGUCAUGAGGGAUCUAGUCUUGAAUGCCUACAACCAGGCCAUCAGGGGACAACCACAAACUGCCUACCAGACAUUAAAUGACGUCAUCUUAGAGCUACAAAAUAGAGGACUCGAUACAUCAUCUGAACCAAUAAGCAUCCAAGGAGCCCUGCUCAGUCAACUGAUUACCAGGAUUGGAACAUCUUUAUCCAUGCAGGAUAUGCUGGGCAUCAUGCUGGGUCUUACUCCCCCUUGCUUGAGGUUACGGGUCGUGUUGCGGUCAUACCUCUUUACUGAUCUCCUGCUGGGAGAAGAAGCAACAGAAAGCAGACUCCAGGAAUUGUCAGUGCAGUUUGUAUCACAAGUAUUAGAUGAAAUAGCGCCAAUUCUGACUUCAGAGUCUACCUGUGAUGGUAUAGAUGUGGUAGCAACUGUACGCAAAUUCCUGGAGUAUUUUUCUAAAAGAGCAUUCACUUUGAUACGAGAUGCUGAUGAGCAGACAUUCUGUAACGCCUUCCCGUUCAUGGUGCGCGGCAUAAGCAGUGACUUUGUGCAGCUCUUGGCACUGUGCUAUCAGAAUGGGCUGCGAGAUGUGGAGAACAUCAUCACUAACAGACUGCCUGGUACUAUCGUAGCCAGGGACAUGGGUCCAGUUAUGCUACGUACGUUCAGAGAGACUCUGCUGCGGUACGUGAGGGAUGCUUCUCAAGUUCCCACUCAGACCAACCUGCAGGACUACAUUAUCAAGGCAUCCCAGGAACAGAAAGGCAGCUCUCAGUCGGUCAAGCCCAUGCCCUCGGAUACUGUGCCUGUUUGCCAGCCUGACACAACCGAGGACAUGAGCCAGAACUCAGACGACUCGUUUCACACACCACCCGGCUCAGUGGUCACAGGAGGUCCUGAAGCUAGCCAGCUAGCUAUCGACCAGGGGGAGGUUCACAUGGAUGUUGAUGACCUUGAAGAUGACUGGAAAGCUGUUGUACCAGAGGAAUGGGUGCCAAUUCUCGCACAGGAUGUCAUGAGGCAACGACGCAUUCCUCCACAGCAGCCAUUUAGCGAUGCUUAUUUGAGUGGGCUACCGCCUAAGCGACGGAAGACUGCAGAUGAACGUGCAGUAUGCCCAACGGAUGAGGUACUCCCUGGUAUUAUUCGGCAGGCCAUGCUAGCCACAGGAGCUCCUCGCAAUAGUAUAGACGCUGUUACCGAGUCAGCGAGAACCAACUCCGAGCUUCACCAGGCUUACCGUGAGGAGGUCAAGGAGACUGUGAAAAAAAGGACAGACACUGAUACAGACUUCAGCUCUGAACGUUUCCCCAUAACAAGCCAAUACACCUGCAAAUAGGUUUACAUCAAACAGGGCCUACCUCAACAAAAAGAGGAAGUUUGGUACCAAUAAGAGACGCUCGAUUGAAAUAGAAUGACAGAAAUAGGAGUGAGCAUGUUAUUUUUCUUCGUUCCAGUAGAGGCACUGGCAUCUGCAAAGUUCCACACCACUACCGUAAUAGCCACCCUUAAAUUGAGGUCCACAAAUAUUCCUUUUUAUUUCAAAUAUAUGCCCAUUCAGGAAUCAAAUGUUCAAUUCUUAAUAUUAUCAUCAGAGAUAUCAUUUGCUGGGAAAGCUAUCAAAACAACUUUUGAACAACUAACACUAGAUAUUGAAAGCAGAACUCUGUGGGAUAGCAGCAAGCAUUUCAAGUGUUAUUUUAUUUUAAAAUCUCUUGCUAUAAAAUGUUGUGUUCCUUGGCAAAAUGUUUGUUUAUACAAUUAUAAAAA